GCCCUGGAAACUAUGUAGCAGGUUUCUAAAGGCCUUCACGGUGCGGUCAGCAGUGGGUGGGAUUGUGAUGUCUGCUCAAGUCUUUCCAUAAACUACUGCUCUGUGUGUUCAUAGUUCUGACGGGUUGAUCUGUUUGCACCACAUUAUGUCUGAAGGUCCUGUAUUUAUUAUCUAAGUAACUUAAAUGAAUAAUAUAAUUAAUAAAACAUUUGUUUGCUUAAGUAAGCCCAUGUUGAAGCAGUCCCAGUGUUGGUGAGUAGAAGUAUCAGACUGGGCUGAGCAGGAGGUGGAGUAAACAGGAACAGAGAGGAUGGAGUGAGGGGCCGAGCGAUGACAGCGCCUCCUCACACAAAAAGACGGGGCUGGGACGUGAGCGUGUUACAGUCUGGAGCGUUCUUUACUCAGCGCUGGGAUCUCCUCACAAACCUGACCACGUCCACCAGAGAUCCAUUAGAACCACCAGGUUCGCCUUGUGUCACCAUGAGGUUUUUGGCCCUCGGCCUCCUCUGCCUGUUGCUGUGUUGUGGUGCAGCUGAAGUGGACCGACGCCGUCCGGGACCCAUCGAAGCCCAGAGGCAAAAGGAGAGCGCUGUCCAAAACAGAACAGCAGAGACCCACUGCAGAGACAUCCCACUGGACUUUGUCUUUGUCAUCGACAGCUCACGAAGCAUCCGCCCCAAUGACUACGAGAAGGUCAAGACCUUCAUCGUAAACCUCCUUCAGUUCCUCACGAUUGGACCCAAUAACACGCGGGUCGGUCUCCUCCAGUAUGGAAGCGUGGUCCAGCCUGAGUUCUCCCUCAACACCUACAGCCACAAAGCUGAGGUGGAGCAGGCGGUGCGGAGCAUGGAGCACCUGGCCACGGGCACCAUGACGGGCCUGGCCAUCCAGUACACCAUGGACACUGCCCUCACCGAGGAGCAGGGCGCCCGGCCGGCUGGCCUGCACGUGCCGCGCGUCGCCAUGAUCGUGACCGACGGGAGGCCACAGGACCCGGUGGAGGAGGUGGCAGCUCGAGCGCGGGGGGCCGGCAUCCAGAUCUUCGCCAUCGGCGUGGGCCGGGUGGACAUGAACACGCUGAAGGCCAUAGGGAGCGAGCCGCACUCGGAGCACGUGCACCUGGUGGCCGACUUCAGCCAGAUGGAGAGCCUCCUCCUCGGGUUCCAGUCCAAACUGUGCGGAGACGUGUGUGAGGCGGUGGAGCAUCAGUGCCAGCACAUCUGCGUGAGCAGCCCUGCCUCGUACAGGUGCCAGUGCAGGAAGGGCUUCACCCUUAACCCGGAUGGCAAGACGUGUACAGAGACCGAUCACUGCGCUGACGGCACCCACGGCUGCGAGCAGGAGUUCCUGAACACGGACGAGGCCUGUGUGUGUAAAUGCAGGACAGGCUACACACUCAGACCUGACGGGAAAACGUGUCAGGCUGAGGAUGCCUGUGCUACGGUCCAUCAUGGCUGUGAACACAUCUGUGUCAACCUGCCCGACGGCUUCCGGUGUCGCUGCCGUCCGGGGUUUCAGCUCAACCCGGACCUCAAGACCUGCAGAAAGACCGAUCACUGCGCUGACGGCGCCCACGGCUGCGAGCAGGAGUUCCUGAACACGGACGAGGCCUGUGUGUGUAAAUGCAGGACAGGCUACACACUCAGACCUGACGGGAAAACGUGUCAGCAGGUCGACCCCUGCGCCGACGGGACGCACGGCUGUGAGCAGCGCUUCGUGAGCGCGGGCGACUCGUGCGUGUGUGAGUGCAGACACGGAUUCGAGCUCCGCCCGGACGGCAGGACGUGUCAGCGUCUGGACCCGUGUCAGGCAGCGGUCCACGGCUGCGAGCACCAGUGUGUCAGCGCCAAUGACUCCUACGCCUGCAGAUGCUUUGAAGGGUUUAUGUUGGCUGACGACCUGAAGAGCUGCAAAAAACCCGAGUGCGUCCACGGGGUGAUGGACCUGGUGUUUGUCAUCGACGGCUCUAAAAGCCUCGGCCCGGCCAACUUCGAGCUGGUCAAGCAGCUGGUCGGCGGCGUGGUGGACUCGCUGGACGUCUCCGGGCCGGGCACGCACGUGGGCCUCCUCCAGUUCUCCACCAAGGUCCGCACGGAGUUCCCCCUGGGCCAGCACACGGCGGCGCCGGAUGUCCGGCGGGCCGUGGCCCGCGUGCAGUACAUGGGCCGAGGCUCCAUGACCGGCUCGGCCCUGCGCCACAUGUUCGAGUCCAGCUUCUCGGCCAGAGAGGGCGCGCGGCCGGACGUCCGGCGCGUGGGCGUGGUCUUCACGGACGGGAGAUCACAGGACGACGUGUCAGAGUGGGCGACUAAAGCCAAGACGUCAGGCAUCACGCUGUUUGCCUUAGGCGUGGGCAAAGCCAUCGAACAGGAGCUGAAGGAAAUCGCCUCCGAGCCUGUAGAGCAGCACUUCUACUACGCCGAGAGCUUCGAAAAGAUGGGGGAAAUCACGAAGAAGCUCAAAUCCAGGAUGUGUAAAGACGAACCGGCUGAUGGAAACGUGUGCAAAUGUGAGAACCUGAUCAUGUUUCAAACUCAGGUCACAGAGAAGCUGAAGAUCCUGAUGCAGACAAUCGAAGCGAUGUCAAAGAAGCUGGAGACGCUGGAGAAUCAGAUUGUGAACAAAUGAAAAGCAGCGACUCUUCGACGCUCAGAGAAGAAGCUGCACUGAAGCACAGUCCAACGCUCGACUCUCUACUGACAAUAUUUAUGGACUUUUGUAUACAAACAGCGUAUUUUCUAGUGUAACACUCUUGUUAUGUAAUUCCACAUCAAAUAAAUGUCUGUUUCUACAGAAAUCCUUCAUGA